CUCUUUCCUCAGAGUGUCUUGUAAGUGAACUCUAGCCUGCAGCUACGUGUGUGUGAGCAAGGUGCCGCCUUUAAACUCUGAAGCCGGAAGAGUUUGGCUAUUUUCUCGGAGUCUUUCAGAAGUGCAGCUAGAACUGGAGAGCAGAUAGUGUUGUUAAACCACUGAGAGGAAGGGUCAGCUGUUCUGGCAGUUUCUGAGUGUCUAAAAGAGGGUCUAAAAGAGGUCACUGCUGAACUGAGGCCAUCCUACAGCAUGACUGAUCAGCAGGACCCUGUUAAUUCAGGUCACGCCGUGUUUGACCGCUUUGUGGUCGCUCAGACGUGCAAAGAGGUUCAGCAGAAUUUCAAUGAGCUCUGUCGCCAUCUAGAGUUAGAUGUUAAGGAUUACCGCCACUUUUACAGCAAGCUGAAAGAGAGUCUGAACUACUGGAAAGCAAAAGAACUCUGGCAGAAGAUUGACAAGAGGGCAGCACACCCAGACUAUGAGCAGGGCAAACCAUGUGCCAAGACUAAGUGUUUAGUCCUGGGAGCAGGCCCAUGUGGCUUGAGGACGGCCAUAGAGUUGGCUCUUCUAGGUGCACAGGUGGUCUUGUUGGAAAAGAGAACAUCAUUCUCCAGGAACAAUGUCCUGCAUCUGUGGCCAUACACCAUCCGAGAUUUACGUAAUCUUGGUGCAAAGAAGUUCUACGGCAAAUUCUGCUCUGGUUCUCUCGACCACAUUAGUAUCCGCCAGUUGCAGUUAAUUUUGCUGAAGCUGGCUCUGCUCUUGGGGGUUGAGGUUCACACCGGAGUGACCUAUAAUGGUUUGGUUGAACCCCAGGCAUCAGGAACAGGCUGGAGGGCUUUGUUGCAUCCCGAGUCUCACCCAGCUUCUUCCUAUCAGUUUGAUGUUUUCAUUUCAGCUGGAGGAGGAAGAUUUGUACCUGAUGGGUUUAAGAGAAAGGAGCUGAGAGGGAAACUGGCCAUCGGCAUCACAGCUAACUUCAUUAACCACCGCACCGCAGCCGAGGCUCAGGUGCCAGAGAUCAGCGGCGUGGCACGCAUUUACAACCAGAAAUUCUUUCGGGAGCUUCAAACAGAGAUGGGCAUUGAUCUGGAGAACAUAGUCUACUACAAAGAUGACACUCACUACUUUGUCAUGACUGCCAAGAAAAACAGUCUGCUGAAGAAAGGGGUCAUCAAACAAGACUCUGCUAAUGCAGAGCAGCUGUUAGCACUUUCUAACGUUAACGGGGAGGCUUUACUGAAAUACGCAUAUGACGCUGCUGCAUUUUCCACGGCCCACAAACUUCCUAACCUUGAAUUCGCAAAGAAUCACAAGGGAGAGGCAGACGUAGCCAUGUUUGACUUCACCUGCAUGCACCGUGCCGAGAACUCCUCGAUGGUGAUGGAGCGCAGAGGCAAGAAACUCCUCAUAGGCCUGGUGGGAGACUGCCUGGUGGAGCCCUUUUGGCCCUUGGGGACGGGAAUUGCACGAGGUUUCCUGGCUGCUUUUGACACUGCGUGGAUGGUGAGGAGCUGGGGAAAAGGAAUGCCACAUAUGCAGGUUCUGGCAGAGAGGGAGAGUGUGUGUCAGUUACUAUCACAGACCACUCCUGAGAACACGAGCAAGAACUACUCUGCCUACAGCAUUGAUCCGAGCACCCGUUACCCCAAUGUGAAAGUGUCCUCCAUAAAACCUACACAAGUGCAGCAUCUGUAUAAUGUGGAGGACCACUCGGAUACCAGCAAAUUCAGCCAAAAGAAAAAAGAUCCAUUAUGUAAUAAAUAUCAAGCUUCCCUGCGACGUGUGGUAGACCUGCUAAACUGGUGUCAGAAACACACGGCCUGGUGCGAUCGGGUCAAGGUGAAAGACCUGAGUCAGUCAUGGAGAUCUGGCCUGGCACUCUGCGCCCUGAUCCAGCACUUCAGACCCAAACUCAUAGACGUGUCCACUCUGGACGAAAAUAAUGCUGCAUACAACAACCAGGUGGCCUUUGACAUUCUCCAGAAGGAGUUUGGCAUCGCACCCAUCAUGUCUGCAAGUGAUAUUGCCUCUAGCAAGGAGAUUGAUCAACUGUCUGUGGUGCUCUACCUAACUCAGGUCCACAAUGCUUUCAGUGAGACUCCCAAACCAGCAGAGCAGGCCAGCUCGAAGUCUGUUUCCUUAGCUAAAACCCGUUCUGCUGUCUUUUUCCUGAACAAGCUCAAGCACAACUCCCUCCAGAGACGCAAGGAGCGUCUGGCUGCCGAGAGAAAAGAAAAGGAACGAGAUAUGAAGGAGGAAGAGAAAAAGAAAGAUCUCGUGCCCACGGUGCCAGUGGCAGACGUAGGAAGCAGCGAGCUGUGUUACUUCUGCAAUCAGCAGCUCUAUGUGCUGGAGAGGGGCAGCGCUGAGGGCAAGUUCUUCCACCGCAGUUGUUUCACAUGCCAGCAGUGUGGUACCACACUGCGCCAGGGAGGAUACACCUUCCACGCCGACCGAGGGAGGUUUUACUGCGAGCAGCAUUCCGAGGCAAAGGAGGAGAGUAAGGAGAAGAGAGAAUUGGAGCAAUCAGAUCAAUCUGCAGGUGCAGAGGAUCUGACCAGGACACAGGGCAGUCACAAUGAGCAGAGUCAAGAACAGAAUGGGAAAAAUGAAGCCAGUAAAAAUGAGCACAAGGAAGAGAGUGUGUUUAAUGUGACUCCUCAGAUGUGUCGCUCUGUAAAGAGAAAAAGCUCCUAUAAAAUAUCUAUAGAUCCAGACUGUGAUGAAACCACAGAGUCCAACAUGUCCACAGAGCAUGAGGACCAGCUGGUAUUGAGUGGUGCCAAAGACGCCAAUAAUCCUGGCAUACCUACAGAAUUGGGUCCAGUAAGCCAGACACAGUCAAAGGACAAUGAUAUCCAAAAAGGUGAGGAGUCUUCCUUUCCUGUCACCAUCCCAGUGCCAGUGCCAGUGCCAGCACCACGCGGUUCUCGAGUGCCUGUCCCUAAACCCCGCACCAUCCAUAACAUAGUGUCCUCAUCCACUGAAACUGAGAACCAAGAUCCGACACCAGACCUCACUAGCUUCAUAUCAGUGCCAGUAACCAUUCCUGAAAAUGACGAGGACUCUCAAACUCCUUCCACUCAGACAGAAAAUGGCCUGAAAACGGCCAGUGAAUCCAAACCCAAGCUAUCACUUAAGAAGCUCCAGUUGACAGCUGAGGAGAAAACACAGCUGAUUGACUUUACCUGCAGCCAGGACUCAGACUCAGAGACACCGGCGUCUUCGUCAUCUACAUCCUCAUCCUCCAGACCACAGGACGGAGGAGGAGCAGAGGAGGAGGGUUACUCGAGCGGGGGAGCAUCGUGGGGCCACAUUCGACAGAAAAGGCUUCGCCGCGGUUUGAGAAGGAAAGAGGAGGUGCAGAGAGAAAGUCAGCUUCAACAGGGAAGAGUCAGAUCCAAGUUCUCGCCCUGGAACCUGUCUUCACCACGGCUGCAGCACCGCUUCAGUGUGCUACGCAUCCAACCUGCAGCACUAGAUUCAGACGAUGAGGUCGAUGGCGAAGAUGAUGAAGAAGACGAUGAAGAGAAUGAAGAUGAUCUUACUCUGGAGAAUUUUAUGGAUGGCCAGGCUGUACCAGUGAACCUAUCUAAGGCAGAGAAACAGGAGCUGAUGAAGAUGAGGACUCUGGAGCGAAGGGCCAAGAUGAGCGAACUUCAGCGCUUGCGUAAAGCUCAGUCUAUCCAGAGGAGGCUGGAGGAGAUUGAGGUGACAUUUAAAGACCUGGAGGAGAAGGGAGUGGUGCUAGAGAGAUCUCUCAGAGGACAGGCUGGUUCUGAUGCCUCAACAAUCAUGAUUGACCAGUGGAUCGACCUGGUCCAGCAAAAGAAUGCUCUGGUUUCAGAGGAAUCUGAUCUCAUGGUGGCCUCUCGACAGCUGGAACUGGAGGACAAGCAGAGCAUGUUGGAGCUGGAGCUACGUCGCUAUAUGGAGAUAGAAGAUUCUGAGAAGACUGCAGAGCAACGGGCAGAGGAGGAUCAGAUCCUACAGCAGAUGCUGGAGGUGGUGGACAUGAGGAAUUCUCUUGUAGCCUUCCUUGAGGAGAAGAGGCUUAAAGAGAUGGAGGAGGAACAGCUGGGCUCCUCACUGAUGGAGAACAAGAGACUGUCUACUGCAGGAGCUCAGGUACACUGGGAAUGAGAGAGCACACACACGUACAUAGAGACUCUUGUCACCACGUUCUGCCCUUCAGCUUUUACAUCUCAAACCAAAGACUUCAAAGUAUACGAGCCUAUGACUUGUUACUGUGUGCACUUGGACACACUCAGGAUCCAUGGCUGGAGAUUCAGUGUGUAGAGGGGUUUAAACUAUCAAAACAUAUACUAAGGUUAUCCAUGAAAGACACCUGAGAUUAUUCCAGAAAACUCUGGAACUUUUAUUAUGAGCACCCAAGCCUUCACUGCCCAGUCACAGCCUAGAGAGAGACCAGUAGAAGCCCCAUCAUGUAGCUAGACUACCCCCCCCCCCCCCCCCCCCCCCCCCCCACACACACACACACACACACACAAACACACAAACACACAUAUACACAGUAUGUACCACACACUGUAUCAAACAGUGAAAUUGGAAGAUUGCAUCAUUAUGGUGUAUCAAAAAAUGGUUUGAAUGUGUAUUAAACUAUUAUAUCUCUCAUAUUUAUCCAGCUGUCUGGCAAGCACAUAGCUAUUCUGAAAGCUAAAUGUUCAUAGUGUCAUUAUAAAACUAAUUUAUAAUGUGUUGUUUGUUAGAAAUGGUAUUUCAGUCCUUUUGCUGCUGCUUAUUGACUACAUGCCAUAAUCUGUAAUGUCAAUGCAAAAGCUAUAUAUAUUAAAAAAAAAAGGUUUAAAUUCAUAAUCCAUAUAUUAUUUAUGAAUGUAUUUGAUACAUUUGAUACAUUCGGUACAUCUUUACAUUUUCUUCUUCUUCUUCUUCUUCUUCUUCUUAUUAUUAUUUUUUUUUUUUUUUCUGUGGAAACCCAUUUCAAAUGAGUUGAUGUUGAAACUCAGGGUUUCUGUUCUGGUAUGAAAUGAAAUAACAGCUGUAUUUUCACCUGAAUGGAAUGGUAGUCAUGUUGCUUUUGUACAUUGCAGUCAGUAAUGUACAACUAAUAAUUGAUACAGUUGUAGAAUGGUCCAUUGUGGAACUGUUAGAGUUGCUUUGUUUUUUGGUUUUCUUUAUCAUUUUCUUUUUUUUUUCCAACCAUGAUGGCACUCACACAUGGAAUUCACACAAUAA